CCUGCGGUCUGCGAUCUCAUAUUCCCGUAUUACUAUUUACUACUCCGUAUACCUACUAUCCCGAUUUCUAAUGUGCAUUGAUAACAGAGUGCUCGUAUACGUGCGUGCGCACUGUGACCGAUGCCGAGCGACGGCCGACGACUGCAUAACUUACUAUACAAUGUACUCUGUUGUUGAUAACGACAUUACGACAACAUUGACCAUUCGAGAGGACGGUGACUACGUUCAUGUCGAGAAAUUAAUUUAUUUAGAAAAAUAUCAUAAAUCUCCUUUGAUCGGGCAACUGUUCCGUCAUCGCGCGUCUUACUGUUCACUCAUCCUCGUACGGCUGUGAUUUAUAUUUUAUACAGAUCAAAUUUUACUUUUCUUGCGCAUUGGGACGACUGCAAUCUACAGUCCGCAGUCUUCAAUCGUUCGUCCGUCAGUUCACAGCCACAUUUUAUGCGACAGGUCCCCGUAAGAAAUGUGGGUUCAUGUCUGGCCGUCAUGCAACGUAGAUUUUGCCUGUCUUGUUAAUCGUUGAGAUAAUGUUCGGCCCCAGGAAUGAUAUGUUACCGCUGAACGGAGUACAAAGUAACAAUGGGCAGUUACAAAAAGACGUCAAAAUGAAAAUAAUAAACGAAUAUACAGAAGUGAUCAGCUCUUCUGAUGCAGAACAAAUUAUUGAAUGUGAAAUAAUAACUGAUGGAGAGUUUGAAAAUAAUACAUUCACAAAUUUAGAAAAUAAUUUAUCAAAUGAUAUGUAUAAUGAUAAUCAAGAUUCCAUUUCAAGAUGUAAAAUGUCUAUAGAAGAGUUAUCAAAUUCAAGUAAUAAAAAUCAAAUAUUAUCUGAUAGCGAAUUGGAAAACAAAAGAUCAACAUAUUUUGAAAUAAAUUUACCAAAUAAUUCAUAUGAUGAUAAUCAAGAUUCUAUUUCAAUAUGUAAAAUGUCUAUAGAAAAUUUAUCACCAUCAAGUAAUUCAAAUUAUAUGUCCAAAGUAGAAAAUGAAAACCCAGGUAUGGAUCAUUUAAAUGAGAUUGAUGAUACAUAUGAAAAAAAUAAAAGACGUAUAGAAGAAGAAGUAAGAUUAGAUGAUGCAUUCAGAGAAUGUAUAAUUGAAAUGAAUAGUGACUUGUCUAUUGAUGACGAGGAUAUUUUUAAUAAUAUUUUAAAACAAUUAAAUGAAAAUAGUUCAACAACAGAAACCAAUCACAAAAGAAAAAUAUUACUUUCAGAUGAAUUUGAUACAGAUGCCGAUACUGAUACUAAUAGUAAUUGUAGCUGUGGCAUUGAAAAAGAACACUCUUAUUUUGAAAAAAAUAAUAAAAAAAGAAUAGUUGAUGAAAUUAUUGAAAAUUCGAAUACCAUUUCAGAACAAUCUCCAAAGUCUUGUCAAGAAAUCGGUAUUGAUAUUCAUAAUAUUUUUUUUGAUCAAUCUUCUGAAAUAGAAAAUGUUAAAAAGACUCUAGAGAGGUUUUUACAGAAAAGUAUUUGUCUUAGUCUACCAUCAAGGAUUGAUAAAUGUAUUGAAUGUCGUGUUCACCAAAUGAAAAAUAAUUUGACACAACGUGAUUAUGAUACUAUUACUUGUAGAUUUUAUGCAUUCCGCCAAUUAAGAUAUACAAAAAAUGGAAGAUUAGCUGUGGCUGGAUAUCCUGAUCCUUUUAUAAAUGUUGAUAAUAUUGAUAUGGGUAUGUGGUUACCCAGUAAACAUUCAUCUGCCCCUAGUGAUUUUAAUAUUAAAGCAUCUACAAAAAUUUUAGAAGAUGCAGGAGGUCAAUUUUGUAUGUUUGUUCGGGAUGAAAUAGAAGCGUUAAAAUUAAAUUUUCCAAGUAAUAAUGGAAAAUCACGUAAGAUAGUAUGGAAAAAAUGUGUUAAUGGAGUUAGAGAAAUGUGCGAUGUUUGUAGAACUACAAUAUUCAACCACCACUGGACUUGUGGUAAAUGUGGAUUUGUAGUUUGCGUUGAUUGCUUUAGGACCAAACUUAAAGGUAACCGACUGACUGAAAAACAAAAUAUUGUACAAAGAAAUUUCAAUAAAAAAAUUUGGUUACUUUGUUCAAACCAGGAAGAGCAUCAGCUUAAAAAUCUUUCUAUUACCCAAAUACUGGCUGGGGAUGCUUUAAAAUUUAUUUCAGACCUCAUGCAUAAAACAUGUUAUAAUCGUAAUAUAUCUUUAAGUUGUAGUUGCAAUGACAAAUUGGUUUUUCCGUCUAAUUAUAGUGAAUCUGCUUUUGACAAGUUUCUUAACAAUGUCUAUGGAAAAAGUAAUUCUGAUGAUACAGAUGAUAAUGAAGAAGAAACUUCAGAAUUGCAAGCUAUAAUAAAAAAACAAUAUUAUAAGUAUUGCAAUUCAACUAAAGGAAUUGAAGAAGUUAAAUCUGCAGAUAAACUCAAUACCAGCAUUCCUAGGGAAAAUGUUGAAGAUAAGAUUUAUAUAACUGAACAUAUAAAAAAAAAAGAAUGGUUUACACCCAAAUUAUCAUUGUUGUCAGAUGAUAAAACCAAUGCACCUCAUAUGUGGCUUUGUGAAGGACAUUUGUUACGUUUAUUAGAUCCAAAAAGUGACAUUAACUAUACAAUUUUUCAGGACCAAUGGAAACGUGGACAACCCGUAUUAGUGAGUGAUGUUGGCAAUAAAUUAAGCUCUUCACUAUGGCAUCCAGAGUCAUUUUCUCGUGAUUUUGGCAAUCAAAUUAAUGAUCUGAUUAAUUGUACCACUGGUAACGUAAUUUCAGACCAACCAAUGAGCAAGUUUUGGAAUGGGUUUGAAAAUGCUGAGGAAAGGUUAUGUGAAGCAGGCAAUGUUAUGCUAUUAAAACUUAAAGACUGGCCGCCAUCAGCAGAUUUUGCAGAAACAUUGCCUGAUAGAUUUCAAGAUUUGAUGAAUUGCUUACCACUGAAAGAAUACACACACCGUAACGGUAAAUACAAUUUGGCUUCUCGUUUGCCAGAUUGCUUCGUUCGACCAGAUUUGGGCCCAAAAAUGUAUACAGCUUAUGGUAAUGCAGGCACAAAGCACAAACAAGUAGGCACCACAAACCUUCAUUUGGACAUAUCAGAUGCUGUUAAUGUUAUGGUCUACGUUGCAAUCACUAAGAAUUGCAAAGAAUAUGAUCAUAAUUGGCAUGUGAGGGAAGCUUUACAAGUGAUUGAAGAAGCUGGUUGUGAUGAUUUGACAAUGAGACGAAUUUACGUGGACGGAGAAACUCCUGGCGCACUGUGGCAUAUUUACCAUGCAUCAGACGCUGAUUCAAUUAGAGAUUUGUUAAUCAAAGUCGCAGUUGAACAUGGAACACCACUGGAACAAUUCAGUGAUCCAAUCCAUGAUCAAUCCCAUUAUCUAGACGAAUACCUUAGGGAGCGCUUGUAUAGAGAAUACGGAGUCAAAGGAUAUGCAAUUGUCCAAUAUUAUGGCGAUGCAGUAUUUAUUCCAGCAGGAGCCCCUCAUCAGGUCAGAAAUUUACACAAUUGUAUAAAAGUAGCUGAAGAUUUUGUAUCACCAGAAAACGUCCAUCAUUCGUUUCGAAUGACACAAGAGUUUCGUAAUCUAACUGACAGUCAUACUAACCAUGAGGACAAGUUACAGAUCAAAAAUAUCGUGUUUCAUGCAGUCAAAGACUCAGUUUCAGUAUUGAUGCAUAAAUCACAUUAAGUAUAAGUAACAUACAAAUGUAUAACAUUUUUGUAUGUUAACAAUAUAUAACAUUUUGUAUAGAAUAUUAACAAAAUUAAAAUUAUUGUUGCAACCACCAAAUACUUUUAUAAAAAUUUUUUUACAUUUUAAUUGAAAAUGGAAAUUACCAUAAGUUGCCAUCUCAUUUUUAGUCAGAUUUUUUUUUAAAGUUUUAAUUAUUCUAAAUAACAUUAUCAAUUGUUUUAAAUUAUUAAG